AUGAAGACCUACGUUUUCCUCGCUUCGCUCUUUGCUUCUGGUGCUCUGGCCCAGAGCGCUGUAGCUGAUUGCCACCGCGAAGAGUCCCCGGACUGGAACGACUGCGACAAGCUUUGGAAGAUCCUCGACUGGAAAGCUGGCAACCCCAGGGAGAUCACACGAAACUGCGGCCGAGACACCGACCUCGACGGCGAGUGCUCUGUUUUCUACGAGGGCUCAUGCCAGAUCGCUCAGUGCCUCCUUGGCGACAAAUGCAUUGGUACCUCUGAGGGACUCAUGGUCACGUCGAAGAAGAUCGUCGAGAGUCAGUGCAGACGUUAUGACCUCGGCGGUCGUUUCACCGACGGACCCAGCAAGUUCUUUGAGAUCAUUCGCUACACGGGUGUUCCCAGCCGUCGCCGUCGUUCCGCACCUUCUGGACGGGAGGAGUACACUCUCGCCGAGUACGAGCGCAUCUUUGGCAAGGACCGCGACGUCUCCUUCUCCAAGGUCAUUGACCAAGAUGAGACCAAGGUUGAUAAGCGGGAUGCAAAGUGGAUCAACUUUGUCACUCGUCAAGGCGUCAUCAAGCCUGGUGAGCGCAAGCGAGUCAACUCCAACGAGCUCGCACCCGGUAUCGAGCAGACUUGGGAGGAGUCUUCGUCUUACAGCAUCGAGGUCGGCGCCACUGCUGGUGUGUCUGCUGGUCUUUUCAAGAUCUUUGAGGCUUCGGUUGAGAUCAGCACCAGCUACACCGAGUCCUUCAGUGCUGGUAGUUCGCUCAAGUACAGCAGCGGUAACUGCCCCAACAACGCCAAUGUCUACUUUGCGCCUGUGUACACCAUGUACGAGGGCAAGUUUACCGAUCGGGAUGGUACUCAGAAGAUCUGGGUUCCCCAGCAUGUGAAUGGUGUGCUUGAGGGACGCUUUGUUGUUGAGUGUGUUGGCACGACUCCCGCUUAA